CGUGAACGAGAUAUAUAAGUUACGGUUUACUAAAUCCGAGUUAACAGUAUGGAAUAUCCUCAGAAAACAACAUUAAAUUGGGAAAGUGCAAUAAUUUCCUCAUGUGCCGGAUGUGGACAUCAAAUUCUUGAUCGUUUCUUCUUGCGGGUAUUCCCGGAUAUGGAGUGGCAUACGGCAUGUUUAAAGUGCGCUGAGUGUAAGAAGUCUUUAGACGGUGCAGGUACCUGCUUUGUAAAGGAUGGCAGAACUCUCUGUAAAGAAGACUACUACAGGUUAUACGGAAUUAAUUGCGGAAAAUGUAAAAAAGUGUUCAGCAAAGACGACUUGGUGAUGAGGACUUGCAAGAAGAUCUAUCACUUUGACUGUUUUCGGUGUGAAAGUUGCAACUGUCACUUGCUCCCCGGAGACGAGUUUCACAUGCGGGAUGGACACCUGUUGUGCACGGCAGAGCAUGAUGUGUUCGAAACGCCAACCGAAGAGCGCAACGGGCAUUCCGAAAACAUUUCAAAUGUUAAGGAAUUGUCCCAUCUGGACGUGGGGUCACUUAAGCGCACCCCAACACCGCUGCAGAGGACCACACGGGUCAGGACCGUCCUCAGCAAGAAACAGCUCCACAUGCUACAGACUUGCUACAGCGCUAAUCCCCGGCCAGACGCCCUGGUGAAGGAGCAGUUAGUGGAGAUGACGGGCCUGAGUUCCAGGGUAAUCCGUGUUUGGUUCCAGAACAAGAGGUGCAAAGACAAGAAACGAAGCACACACCCACACAUAACUCCGAUACAGACCACCCAAAAGGACAAAACAGAAAAGGCAUUGGAGACAAUUUGUCCUGACAGUCCAAUGGACUUCCUGAGGUUUCAGCAAUCCUGGAAAAUUAUGAAUGAGCUGACACUACACACUGAUUGUGAUGAUUGGUUGGUGACAUCUUCAUCAGGGGAGGCAGAUUCCAAGUCAUUGUCCUCUCAGCUGUUGGAGACACCCUGCAGCAGUUUGGUUUCCAGUCCAGUCUCCAGUGGAAUCCAUUAAACCUACCGUCUCCUUGCACUAUCAAUAUUUCUGACUUUAACAGGAAAAGAAAAAAAAGCAGCAAUUUUUGCUUCAAGCUUAGCAAAAGUCUCUCUUCUCAGAAGAAAAAUCUGGAACAAACAAUGGUAUCUCACCACCUCAUGGCAGUGGAUUAAAAAUAUAAUACAAAUAGCCUAAUGUUAUUUGUAUCCGUCAUG